AUGCCCUACUUCGCCGUCCGCUUUGGGGCGUACGACAUCAUGCAGCGCUGCUACGCGGGCCUGCCGCCCGACGACGAGCGGAGGCGGCUGCUCGGCACGCUCUCGCCGGCGGCGACCUUCGGCAUGCUCGCCGGGAUGGCGGCGUGGGCCGCGUCGAGCUUGACGUUCCCCUUCGAGCUCGUGCGGCGGAGGGCGAUGGUCGGGCCCUCCGAGGCGAACCCGCUGGCCGCAAUGCUCCGGAUCGCGCGCGAGGAGGGGGUGGCGCCGUCGUCUGCGGUCACCUUCGUGGCGUACGAGGCGUGCUUCCGCACCCUCACGCGGCUGGCCGAGAGCUGGGAGCGCGAGGAGCUGCUCCGCGCGCAGCUCGAGCUCGAGGCGCCGGACACCGCGACGGCGUGA